AUGGCAGCGCUUCUUCAGUCCGCAUCAUGCGUCGGCUUCGCCGCGAAUCAGCUCAGCGGUCAGAAGCUCGCGUCACUCGCGUCGAACGCGUCGCCCAAGCAGCUGCGACGGCCGGCAACGGUGAUUGAGGCAACGGCAGCACCGGCCGCCGUCGCACAGAAGGCGUCUGCGAAGAAGGGCGACGUCGCACGAGUCGGAGUGCUCGGAGCAAGCGGAUAUACCGGUGCUGAGAUCGUUCGUCUGCUGGCCGUGCAUCCGUCGCUGCAAGUCACUGUCAUGACGGCAGAUCGCAAGGCCGGGCUGCCGCUCUCGUCCGUCUUCCCUCACCUCAUCUCCCAGGUCGAUCUCCCCAACAUGGUCGCCGUGGCAGAUGCGGAUUUUUCCCAGGUGGACGCGGUCUUCUGCUGCCUGCCGCACGGCACCACUCAGGAAAUUAUUGCAGCGCUGCCCGAGCACCUGAAGAUUGUGGAUCUGUCUGCUGAUUUCCGGUUGAGGGACGUGAACGAGUAUGCACAGUGGUAUGGCGGCGAGCACAGGGCGCCCAAGCUGCAGGAAGAGGCGGUGUAUGGGUUGACUGAGAUCUACAGAGACGCAGUGAAGGCUGCCCGCCUGGUGGCCAAUCCCGGAUGCUAUCCCACGUCCGUGCAGCUCCCUCUCAUCCCCCUUCUUCAGUCCAAGCUCAUCCUGCCAGACGGAAUUAUCAUCGAUGCCAAGUCGGGAGUGAGUGGAGCAGGGCGCGGGGCCAAGGAGGCGAAUCUCUACACGGAGGUGGCCGAGGGCAUCCACCCGUAUGGCGUCACCAACCACAGGCACGUGCCCGAGAUUGAGCAGGGCUUGAAGGAGUUUGCAGGGGGAGCGGAUGUGACUGUCAGCUUCACUCCCCACCUCAUGCCCAUGUCACGCGGCAUGCUGUCAACCAUCUACGUUCAGAUGGCACCUGGUGCAACAGUGGACGACCUGAGAGAACACCUGAUCAGCAGAUACCAGGAUGAGGAGUUUGUGGUGGUGCUGCCAAAGGGGAUUGUGCCGCACACACGCCACGUGAGGGGCUCCAACUACUGCCUCGUCAAUGUCUUCCCAGACCGCAUUCCGGGCCGCGCAAUCAUCACUUCUGUGGAGAGUCCCGCGCCGCACAUUGGCUUUAAGGCAGCUCCCCGCGUGCUCCUCCCCAAGCCUCGCGACACCGUCGCCAUCAACCGCCUCGCGAUCCUCCUCAUGUGGUUACCCGUUUUCGCCAUCCUGCUCGUGAUCCUCGGCGGAGCGUCCGAGCGUCUCCCUGUGUGGGACACGGGUCUGCUUGAUGACGUGGACGAGCAGCUGACGCGGCGAGCGCUCGCGCAGCUGGAGAAGGAUGAUGAGCUGGCAGCCGUCGGGAGGACGCAUGCCGUGCCUCCCAAGAUCGCGUUCCUGUUCAUCGUGCGGGGCCCGCUGCCGCUCGCGCCCGUCUGGGAGCGAUUCUUCAAAGGCCAUCAGGGGCGCUACUCCGUGCACGUGCAUGUCUCAACGCCCAACUUCACUCUGGACGACGUGGUGGACUCGCCCAGCUUCAAAGGCACCCAGGUGCCGGGAGUGCGGAUUUCAUGGGGCGGGCCAAAUCUAAUCCGAGCGGAAAAGCGGCUUCUGGCUGCUGCCCUCGAGGAUCCGGGCAACCAGAGAUUCGUGCUCGUGUCGGACAAGUGCCUCCCCAUCUUCAACUUCACCUACGUGUGGGACUACCUGUUUGCCACCAACGUCAGCUUCAUCACCAGCUACGAAAGCGGGUGGAGAUGGGUGUUCACAAUGGCUCCCACGAUCAAGCGGCACCAGUUCAGAAAGGGGUCGCAGUGGUUUGCCCUAACUCGUGCCCAUGCAGCCCUCAUUGUGAGGGACCGAAAGUACUAUGAUCUCUUCGUAGAGACCUUCUCUGAGGUAUGUGAUGGCAUGCGGGUCCCUUCCCUUGUUGAGGACCUCAAUUUUGAUUUUGAAGGCGGUAUUCCGGUUGCGAUCUUGGACGUGAUGGCGGAGGUCGAGGGAAAGCGCGUCAUCACUGUGGAUGACAUCAAGACGGUGCCGAUGGAUUUCCGGUUUCCUACAGCGAACCAGGCGAAGCACUGCUUCACGUGCUACAACGAGUUCCACAAGUGCAUUGCUGAGAAGGGCGAGGGCGCCUCGGAGUGUCAGAAGUUUGCCAAGGCCUACCGGACAUUGUGCCCUGCUGAAUGGGUUGACAAGUGGAACGAGGACAGGGAACAGGGUAUCUUCGUGGGCCGCUACUAA